UGCCGUGCCGUGAGGUUCUGUUAAAGUGAAGACGCUUUUUAUUUGAAUGCUUUUCUGCAUGUCGAUACAAAAGGACGUACGCUUACCGCCCCUCUCAACGUCUGAAAGGACUUCAUCAGGCAAGGGGACUCAAUGGCAAGCGAAGCCUGCUUCAAGAUUACUCAGAACUAAAGGUGCUGAUGCUUCUGGCUACCUUUCAACCUGGCCUGCCCACAUCACCUCUCAGGUUGCCCGGCAAAAAACUCCUUCAUCUGGAGCGAAUGAGCAUCACGGGUUCAGUGAUGAAUUUGGAGGACCUGUUUCUAAGCCGCGGUUCCUGGAACAGCUCGAGUGCUUUCUGAGGAGAGAACUGACAUCUCUAGACAUGCUUAGCCCCAAACUCCAGGAGCGUAAACUUCAGGCUUACCGGGAGGUUUUUGACUAUUUUAUUGAAAACUUUAAAACAUACAAGCCACUGUUGUCCGCCAUCAAGAAUGAAUAUGACAUCACUCUUGCGUAUUUGCAGGAGCAGAUCCGUGAGUUGGAGCCUCUCCGGGCUCAGCUGGUGCUGUUGUCUGAGCAGUGUGAGAAGAAAGUUCUGGGUUUGAGGGAGCAGGAGAGGACUGAGAUCAGGGCUUUAAAAGAGGAGCGCCAGCAUCUGCAGCAGGUCACUGAGAGCAUGAGGGAGCAACAGAGAGCCUUGCAGACCCAGGUUUAUCAUUUAGAGAAGGAACUGGCAGCGCAGUAUCUGCAGUACAGGGAGGAGUGUGAUGCCCGCAAGCUGCUCAUUGCCAAUAUCAGCAGCAUGAGCUGCAGCCCAGAGGAGAAGCCUAACAUGGAGCACGACUGUGACAAGGAGCAAUCUGAGGAUCCUGUGAAGGUGAAGCUGGCUCUAAAGGUGUGUAGAGAGGGUCUAAGCAAGGCCCAGGUGGAGCUGAACCGCUUGCACGCAGAAUACGGAGAUGUGGUUCCUCGGAGAGACUGGGAGAAUCUAGACAGCAUGAAUAGAGAGAACCUCCUAAAGCUGGAGACCUUACAGACAGACUUUGACCAAAUGAAGGCAGAAUAUGACACGCUGCUAGACGUACACCGACAGGUCAGCCUGCAGAGAGACAGCCUUCAGAAUGACCUAGAGGUUUUCCGAGAGACCUCCACUCCUAGACCAUGCUGGGAACAAUGUGCAGAUGUUCUUGGUGGCAGGGAACGCUGCUCUGAGAUCUUUGAGGGCCAGCCCAGUAAGAAAAGGCUGGAGAUUCUGCUGGAGGAGCAGAACAGCAUGGGCUUGGACCAGAAAGAGUUCUUCACUGGACUGGGUGCCUCUAAUGAUGUUCCAAUCUACCUGCGCUAUGAGGGGCAGCUGAAGAACCUCAGAUUGAAAAAAGCUGAUGUUCUCAGAAUUAUAAAGGACAUAUGGAGAGAAAAAGCUUGUGAAGCAGAGAAGACAGAUGACAGCAGCGAUCUGAAGGAGUUUCUACAUCAGUAUCUGCAGAGACAACAUGGGGAGCAGGCGGGACAGUGGGCCUACAGCCUACUGGACAGCAUCAAGUGUAACCUGAAAGAUGAUUUCAUCUGUCUCUUCUAUGACAUCCUCACAGACAAGGUGGAUGAGAGUUUGUACCAUGGCCAGACCGACCUUCUGUCUCACCUGCUCAAAGUGCUCAUACAAAGUGACAGCGCUGAGAGUGGUUCACUUACUGCGUCUGAAUUCAGAGAGGCUCUGAGGAUGGCUUUCCCCCUGAAGAAAGAUCAGGAUUUAGAGGAGCUGGUGGUGGCUGCACAAUCAGAACUGGAGGCCAGCGGAGGAGGCUUUGCCUAUCAGAGGCUGUAUUCAGAGGAUGCCGAUGGAAAACAUGGGGAAUUCCUCGGUCUUGUGAAAAGGCAGGCCAUGGCAGAGAGAGAUCAUUACAUCAACCAGCUGAGGACACAGCUAGAAGGCAAAGGGGAAGUGGAUCUGGAGGACUUAAGGUCUGCUUUCACAACAAUCGAUCCUACGCUGGACUCUGCAUCUCUGGACUGGAACCUACGUAAAGCCUUCCAAACUAAAGACCUGCACCUGCAUGCAACACUUCUGGACACUGAGAUCGCCCUUCAGCGCCUCUCAGUGGCCAAUGUGAGCAGGGCCGGACCUAUGACUCUGCCUGAGUAAACUUUUAAACAUGUUGCACAUGCUUAUAUGGCUCCACGUAUUAGACAACGUGACACAUUCAUUAUAUAUUAUGCAUAUGAGGUAAAGUUAGUUUUGAAAUCAAGAGAAAUUAAUUGUUCUUUUUUGUAGAUUUAGUUUUAUUUUUUGUAUUUUGGAAAAGCAUUAAAAGA